AUGGGAGAAAUCUUUCUUGCAGCAUUCCUUAAGGUGUUGUUGGAGAGAUUGACCUCUCGUGACUUCCUCAACUAUGCACGGCAGAAAGGAGUUGCCAAAAAGCUUGAGAAAUGGAGCGAGACGGUGUCUGAAAUUGAGCAGCUUCUCAGUGAUGCAGAGGAGAAGCAACUGAUGAUCAACGAGGCAAUGCACCAGUGGUUGAUUGAGCUCACGCAUUUGGCCUAUGAUGUGGAUGACAUACUCGACAAGUUGUCCACUCAGAUGCUGACAGGAAUGGAUGAAACUGGAGCUGGCUCAAGUAAGGUACGAAGCUUCAUUCAAAAAGUUAAGUUGUACUUUAAUAACUCUGAAAUGGAGGGCAUUACUCAUCGAUUACGGAAAUUAUCCACAAAACAAAAGGAGCUAUUGAAGAAUGUAAACUCAAACAUUGAGACUACUUCCUUACCAGCAUUGCAAAGGUCACCAAGUUCUAUUGUGUUGAAUACACCUGUGGCUGGAAGAGAUGGGGAAAUAAGAAAGAUUGUUGGAUUAUUGUCAAGAGACUAUGAGUCUUCUCGUACCACCAGUUUUCAUUCAGUUGCCAUUGUUGGUAUGCCAGGAGUCGGCAAGACAACAGUUGCAGCACAUGUCUUCAUAGCUGAUGCUAUGGAACAGUUUUACCCAAAGGUGUUGGUAUCUGUGUCUCAUAACUUCAAUCUUGAAACAGUGACGAGAGCUAUUUGUAGGAAAGUCACAUCCCAGCCAAGUGAUCAGAAUGAUUUCAGUGAAGUGCAAGAUGAUUUCAACAGGGCAAUAGCAGGUAAAAGAUUUUUGAUUGUUUUAGAUGAUGUCUGGAGCAGCACAUGUGACUACGAGUCAUGGACAACAAUGCAGUCCCACUUCCGUGUUGGAGCACCAGGAAGUACAAUACUCGUCACAACACGUGAAGAAAAAGUUGCAAAAUUGAUUGGAGCCACUGAAGUGUACAAUUUGAAGGUUCUUUCAGAUGAAGAGUGUCUGAAUAUAUUUAUGCAACAUAUUAACAAUCACAGACCACCAAAUUUUGAUGCAGUAUUUGCCAAGAAAAUUGUUGAAAAAUGCAAUGGACUGCCAUUGGCGGCAAAAACUCUUGGUGGUAUUUUACGUUGUGAAGAAGUUGACAGAUGGAAUGAAGUAUUGGAUGACAAGUUGUGGAGUAUAUCAAAUAACGAGAGUAACAUACUCCCAGUUUUGAAGCUGAGUUAUCAUUAUCUUCCUUCAACUUUAAAGAGUGGGCCUCUGGUGAUACAUAUUUCAGAUUGGAGGAUAAGGUGGAUGGCAAAUGCUCUCCAAAGACUCGUCAUUCUUCUUACAUUUCAGGUUACUUUUGAGAGUUGCCAAAGUUGGAGUGUUUACGAGUACUUCUUUGAAUGGCUAUCAAAUAACUCUGUUGCCGGAAUCAAUUGGUCAUCUGAAGCAUCUACGGCACUACCUGCAAAACUGAAGAAUUUGGCAAAAUUACGUCAUCUGAACAACUCAUGUGUGCCUUCAUUCGAAGGAAUGACUCCUCAGCUAAGUCAACUGACUAAUCUCCAAACAUUAUCUAAUUUUGUGGUGGGCAAAGGAAAUGUGUCGAGGGUAGGAGAGAUAGGGCCUCUAUCGCUUCGCUGGACAUUGUGCCUCAAAAGAUUGGAAAAUGUGACUAAUGUUGAGGAUGCAACAAGGGCAAACUUAUUGAGCAAGCAAGGGCUUGAUGCACUACAACUAGAAUGGAGUGGCACUGAUGGAAAGGAAUCAGAAGUUCUUGACGUGCUAAAACCACACAUAAACCUUAAAGAGCUCAUCAUCAAGGGUUAUAACGGUUUGGAAUUUACAACAUGGAUUCAGCAUCCUUUGUUCUCUGAAAUGACCCUUGUGGUGUUAGAGAAUUGUAAAAAAUGUCGAUUCUUGCCAGCACUUGGCCAAUUACAUUCUCUGAAACAACUCUUUAUAAAAGGAAUGUCUACUGUUGAAAGUGUGGGUCCUGAGUUUUAUGGGAAGGCUGAGGGCUUGCCUUUUCCAGUAUUAGAAACUCUUGAGUUCAAGAAUAUGGAAGAUUGGAAGGAGUGGUUUCCUUGGGAACAAAGUCAAGGAAAUGGAGUUUUCCCUUGCCUAAAAAUGCUUUCUAUCUCCACAUGCCCCAAAUUGAAAGGUAGCUUACCCAAGAAUAUUCAUUUAUUAUCAAAGCUUGUGAUUGAUGGAUGUGAGCAGUUGGUUGUUUCAACUACCAAUUAUAAACUGAUUCACGAGUUAAAUAUAUGCGGUUGUAAAUGGGUGGUGGAUAGAAGUGGGGUAAAGUUUGAGUUAUUAGAGGCCAUGCAUGGAGCUUUUAAGUAUUUCAGAGUUCAGAUUUGA